AUGGGGCCUUCACAAGCUCUCCCCGGCCUCGUCCUCCUGCUGCUCCUCGUCUCGUCCAGCGCCUCCGUUCUGGACGACACAUGCAAGUCCUUCGGCGCCAACCACAAGGACAUCGGCUACGACUACUGCAUCAAGUUCUUCCAGGCCGACGAGGGCAGCGCCACCGCGGACAAGCGCGGCCUCGCCGUCAUCGCCUCGAAGAUCAUCAAAGCAACGGCCUCAAGCACAGGGAAGCGCAUCGCCGCCCUCAAGGCUUCGGUGAAGGACAAGAAGGUACGGUCGGGCCUCGACGACUGCCACGACGUGUACUCCGAGGCCGUGGAUGAGCUCGACGCCGCGGUGAAGGGCGUCGAGGCGGGCACGCCCCAGGGCUUGAAGGACGCGGUGACCAACCUCAGCGGCGCGAUGGACGCGCCCCAGACCUGCGAGACCGGGUUCCAGGAGCUCGGCGUGCAGUCGCCGCUCGCCGCCGAGGACUCCGAGUUCACCAGGGAGGUCUCCGUCGCUCUCGUUAUAACGAGCUCGCUGUAG